UUUACGAACAUUCAUAUCAUCCAUACGAAAAGUCUCCGGUAAAGAAACAUUUCAAAGAUACAAUGAGUGGAACCGAAAAUUGGAGUUUUCCAACGUUGCCAGACAAUGAAGCGCUCGAACCGACACCAGACGAACUCGACUUAAUGUAUCAAAAACUCAAUUCCGGCGAAUUAAUUGAGCUUGCAUGGAAGAGUUCGGGCUAUCGCGCGCCAACACCAACACCAGUUGCUAACGCAGAAGUAAAAAAGAACGCCAACACUGAAUUAGCUAGUAAAAACCUGGAAUUCGAUUUUAUGGAUGAGGUGGCUUCGCCAACGAUGCGAGUACAAAGACCGAUGUCAACGCCAAAAUCAUCGACCAAAAAGAAAACAGCAAAUUUCGCAAGUGUGCUGGAUGCGAUGAAAAAAAACAAACGACUUCAAUCAUCAAAAGAAUAGCGGCAAUGCCAAUUUUUUUCAUUAUUAUUUGUAUAAUAAUUAUUAUUACGUUAAGCAGUAGGGAAAGUAAGUUUCUUACAUUCACGCAAAUUUGUUGUUGUUGCACUCAAAAAAUAGUGAGAAAGAAAGAUGUAAAACACGAUCAAAACAAUGUUUGUAGAAUUAUUUGAAAUAAAUCAAGCCCAAAUCGACAGCGUUUAUGUAAACAAA